GUUACUCAUACUUGACAGAUUUCCACAGGUGCAAAAACACAUGAAACGUCAUUUCAAUCAAUCCUGGAUCAUUUCUCUGGUAUGUAACCAACAACGAUGGAUUCUUCCGAAAGCAACCAAACCCCUCAAGUCCACCAAUCGCCCUCUUCUUCCUCCUCCAUGGGUGGCAAACCAAGGCCAACUUUCAAGGUGAUCGUGAUUGGAGAUUCUGGCGUGGGCAAGACCUGCCUUACUUACAAGUUCUGCGCAGGACACUUUCCAUCCUCAGGAACCGAGGCCACCAUCGGGGUGGAUUUCAGGGAAAAAAUUGUAAGCCUGAAUGAUGGCGAAGAGGUCAGGAUUCAAUUUUGGGACACGGCGGGACAGGAACGCUUUCGACGAUCCAUGGUGACACAUUACUAUCGGAAUGUCAAUGCAGUUGUGUUCGUUUAUGACGUUAGUUCGAAAACGUCGUUUGAAGCCAUGCCUCAUUGGAUUGCUGAAUGUGAUCUUCAUGGGUUGAUGGGCAAAGUCCCCAUGCUCAUGGUUGGGAACAAAUGUGAGGAUGGCGUGCCCAAAAUGGUUCAAUUCAACGAAGCUCAAAGAUUGGCUGAUGAGAACAACAUGCCUGUUUUUGAGACGUCCGCCAAAGCAGAUUCCCAAAGUGAUCACGUUGAGGCCAUAUUUUUGACCCUGGCUCAUAAGAUUAAGAAUGCCCGACCCUUGCUCAGCUCCGUGGAAUCCACUGAUGAGGGCAUCAAUGUGGGCGGCGGGCGUGGUGGUCAAUCAAUCAAACGGGUGGUCUAUCGGAACGAAGCUUAUGAAAGCCAAAAUCAAGGAUGUUGUCUUUAACAUCCAACGCGUUCUUUUGAGGUCCAAAUAUUGGAUCAAACCGAUUUUAUCUUAUGCACUUUUGUGCAAAAAAGUAUAA